AUGACAUUAGAGAAAAGUUUAGAUCAAGAAAAAAACAAAACAGAAAUAGAAAUAGAAAAUACUGGAAGUAAGAGUAUACCUAAUGAUAGUAAUGAAGGUGCGAAUAAUAAGGUAGAUAAGAAUGAUGGAAAUGAAAAUGUAAUGAAAAAAAAUGAGGGCGAUAAAAAUAAGGUAUAUAAUAUUAUACCAGAUAAUAGUAAGGUACAUAAUGGUACGGCUGAUAAUAAUAAGAUAAAUAAUAAUAAAGUAGAUAAUAAUAAAGGAGAUAAUAAUAAAGGAGAUAAUAAUAAAGGAGAUAAUAAUAAAGGAGGUAAUAACAAAGUAGAUAAUGAUAAAGGAGAUAAUAAUAAAGUAAAUAAUAACAAAGUAGAUAAUAAUAAAGGAGAUAAUAACAAAGUAGAUAAUAAUAAAGUAAAUAAUAACAAGUUAGUUAAUAAUAAGGUUUUUAAUAAUAAGUUUAAUAAUAAUAAUAAUAAUAUAAAGAAUAAUAGAGAUAACAAUAAGCAUACAACAAAUAAUCGUGCGGAUUAUAACAAAGUUGAAAAUACACAAACACAUAUAUCAAAUAAAUUCCAAGGAAAUGAAAAGGGUUAUAAUAUGAAUUAUAUAAACAAGAAAGAUGCAAAUCAAGAAAAAGGAUAUAAAAAUAAUUAUGAGAAUAAUAGGAGUUUAUCUUAUUUUUAUUCCAAAAAAAACUACAAUGAGCAUUUUAUGCCUGUGAAUAAUGUACCUUUUAAAAAGAGAGGUAGCGACCUAUCUAAUAACUCUAAAAAGGAAAGUGGAAAUGAUUACACAAAUGAUAACCAAAUGAAUAAUCAUAUGAAAAAUAACAACCAAUUAAAUAAUAAUACAAAAAAUAAUAACCAAUUAAAUAAUACCACAAAAAAUAAUAACCAAUUAAAUAAUAAUACAAAAAAUAACAACCAAUCAAAUAAUAACAUCAAAAAUAAUAACAAAUUAAAUAAUACUACAAAAAAUAAGAACCAAUCAAAUAAUAACACAAAAAAUAACAAUCAAAUUAAUAAAAAUUACAAUAAGCAUACCAAAUUAAAUGAACAAGUAGAACAAAGAGAAAAAAAUGUGAAUUUAUCUUUAAAAAAUAAUGAAGAAAAACAAGUAGAAAAUGUGAAAAAUAUAAAUAAAAAUAAUUAUUCGGGUUCUAAAAACGCAUGGAUUAAAAAUGAAGGUACCAAUAAUAUGAAUAGAACAUGUAAGAGUGGUAUUGAUAAUGGUAAUAAGAACAAUAAUAACAACAUUAAUAACACUAAUCAGGAUGAUAAUGAUAAUAAUAAUAAUAAUAAUAAUAAUGAUAAUCAUAAUAAUAAUAAUAAUGAUAAUGAUAAUCAUAAUAAUAAUAGCGAAAUUGUAAAUAAGAAGAAAAAUAAAAAGAAAAAUAAAAAAAAAAAAAACCAAGUUAGUACAAAUGCUUGGACAAAUGACAAAAAUAGUAAUUUAGAACAUAUUAUUAGGAAUAAUCAAAAGAAAGGUACUAACCCUAAUACAGAGAAUGAUCAUCAUAAUGAAAAUGCAAGUAUCACUACGGCCAUUAGUAUUAAUUCGAAUGUAACUCAUACACAAACAAAAAAAUAUAUAAAUUAUGGAUCCACUAAUCCAAAAGAACAAAAAAAAAGAGUACAAACAAACUCAAAAGUUAGUACAAAUAUGAAGGAAGAUAACAAGACAAAUAUAGAAAUAACCAAUUGUAAUAAUGCAAAUAAAAGUUAUUCUACAAAUAACAACCCAUCCACAAAUGACAACUUAAAUAAAGGUAAUGUGAAAAAUAAAAAAAAAAGUAAAAAAAAUAAGAACAACAAUAAUAAUAGUAAUAACAAUAAUAAUAAUAAUAAUAAUAAUAAUAAUAAAAAUAUUAUUAAUGAAAAUAAGAAAGAUAUAAAUGACAACAAAAUUAUUAAGAAUAAUAAUAAUAAUAAUAAUAAUAAUCUUAAUGUCACAAAGAAAAAUAACACCAUUAAUAUUAAUAAUACUAUAAUUGAUAAGAAUAAUAAUAUAGAAAAUAAUUUUGCAUUUGUCAAUAAUUUAAACGAGAAUUUGGAACACAAUUCUUUGAGACUCAUAGGUAAUAAUUAUCCCAUGAAUUUCGAAAAUAACGAAAUAAAAAAAAAAAACAUUAUAGCAUCAAAAAAUGUUCCCAAUAAAUAUAAUUAUGAUAUGAUCAACCAAGGAAAUUUAAAUUACAUGUACAAUCCAUUAAAUUAUUAUAAUAUGAACAAAUUUUAUGAUAUGCCAUUUAUCGAUAAUAUUGCAAAUAAUUUAAAUCCCAUGUAUUUUGACAAUGAUAUGCAAAGAAAUCAUAUGAUGGAAAAUAUGAUCAACUAUCAAGGCAUGUAUAAUAUGAAUAAUAUUUAUAAUACAAAUAAUAAUAUGGAACAAAAUACCAAUAAUAAUAAUAUGUAUAACCAUAAUUCAUAUGCCAAUUAUAAACACGAACAUUUACCAUUGAAUGUCUACGAAGGACAAUUAGAGAAAAAUAACGAAUGGGGAAAAAAUAAAAUUAAUAAAAAAAACAACCAAAGUGGUAUGAACCAACAGAAUGUUAUGAACCAACAGAAUGUUAUGAACCAACAAAAAGUUAUGAACUUCCCCAAUAAUAUGAACCACCCCAAUAAUAUGAAUCAACCAAAUUUAAUAAAUUACCAAUACCCCAUGAAUCAUGUACAACAUAUCAACCAUCCUGAUAAUAGAAACAAAAUGAAUAAUCCUAAUAUGCCUAAUUACCCAAAUGUCAACGUUUCUGCACCUGAAACAAAACAAGACACCAAAAUAAUUCCUAAUAAAGAAAAGAAAAAAAUUACAAAUAAUGAAGGAACAGUACUUCAACCGUUAAAAAAUAAUGUAGAGCAUAAUAAGGCGAAUAAUUUAUUAACUUCUAAAAAACACAACACGAAUGUAAAUAAUAAGAAAAAAUCUAAGAAUGUUCAACAAGAAACCCCCACAAAGCACCUUCCGAAUGAGGAAGAAAAUAUGAAACAAGGAAAAACAAAAAACAGCAACAGCAACAACAAUAAUAAUAAUAAUAAUAAUAAUAAUAAUAAUAAUAAUUUGGAGAGUAUCACGAAAAACAAAAAUAAUUCACAUUACAUUUCAACAAAUGUGGAAAAUGAAAAUUUAAAUAAAAAUGAACAAAAGGGAAAAAUGAACAAAAUGAAAACAAAGACACAACGUUUUAAUAAAGAAGAACAAAAUGAAACGAACAAUUUUACAAAUAAUAAUAAAAAGGGAUCUAAUCGUUAUCAACAAAAUAAAAAAGGACAAUUUAAAAAUUCUAAUAUGAACUACAACUCAUGGAUAAAUAAUCAGCAAGCAAAUGAUCAACACCAUUUAAAUACAAAUGUAGAUAAGGAUAAAAAUAAAGAUUUUGAAGUGAAUCAUGAAAUUCAUAAGUUUAUUGAUUAUUGUUUAAAAAAUUAUGGAAAUAGAAAUAUAAUGGAUGUCUUAAAUGAAUUCUCAUCAUCAAAUGGAAUGAAUGAAAAUUUUGAUGAAUUGAAAAAUAUAUUUCAAAUACAAUUAAAUGAAGAAAAUUUUAAUGCCCUUGCAGCAUUAGAAAAUGAAGCUCAAACAAAUAAAUUUCAUUUUAUAAAUGAAAAGAAUAUGAAUGAAACCAUAGAAAAGGGUAUUGAGGAAAUUUUUGAAGAUACAAAUAAGGAUAUAAUUGAGGAAUAUGAUAAAUUUAAAAAAAUGUUGAGUGAAAGCAUGGACGAAAGUACAAUGAGAAAAAUACAAAUAGAAAAUAAAGAAAUAAGUGACAAUAAAGAAAUAAGUGAUAAUAAAGAAGUAAGUGAUAAUAAAGAAAUAAACGAUAAUAAAGAAAUAAGUGAUAAUAAAGAAAUAAACGAUAAUAAAGAAAUAAACGAUAAUAAAGAAAUAAGUGAUAAUAAAGAAAUAAACGAUAAUAAAGAAAUAAAUGAUAACAAAGAUAUAGACGAUAAUAAAGACAACAAUGAAAAGAUUGAAGAAAAGAAAGAACAUGUUGAAAACAAUACAAAAAAUAUGUUUGAAGAAAAUAACAAAAUCAAUAUAACCAUACCCCCAGGUUUAAGUUUACCAGAUAUUAACAGAGCCUUAUUGCAUAGUGCUUAUUUAGAUAAUAUAACAGUAGUAAAAAAGUGUCUUGAAAAAAAAGCAGAUAUUAAUUAUUUAGACAAAAUUGGAAGAAGUGCUUUACAUUAUGCUUGUGCAGGUGGAUAUUUUGAUAUUUGUGAAUUGUUAAUAAAAAAUGGUGCAAAAGUAAAUGUAUCUGACUACAAAAAUUGGACACCUUUACAUAUUGCAAUUACAAAGAUGCAUAAAGAUAUAACUGAAUUGUUAUUAAAAAAUGAUGCAAAUAUACAUGCUUUAUUACCACAUUCUUUAUCACCUAAUAGAGGAAAAACAACCGCUAGUAUGGGUAUCCAUUUUGCUGCUAUUAAAGGUAAUAAAGAAAUAACCAAAUUAUUAUUACAAUAUGGAGCUAAAAUUGAUGACACAGAUUUAUCUAAUAGAAGUGCUCUUCAUUAUGCUGUAUAUCGAAACAAUUGUGAUUAUGUGAAAUUUUUAAUAUAUGAAGAAAAGGCAAAUGUGAACAUAUUAGAUAUACACAAUAGAUUACCUAUUCAUUCAGCUUGUUUAGGAGGAGUAUUAGAAAAUGUAAAAAUAUUAGUGGAAAAUAAAAGUUAUGUUCACAAAAAAGAUAUAUAUAAUAUGAGUCCAUUAGAUAUAGCACAAAUUAAAAAAUUUAAAGAUAUUAAAAAUUAUUUAACCAAAUGUAUGAAUCAAAACUUUUCCCCCAUUUCAAGUGAUCAUUUAAAAAAAAAUGAUGAAGAGAAAGAAAAUGAAAUAAAAAAUAUUGAUGAUUUUUCAAAUGAAAAGAAUAAAGGGAAACAAAAACAAAAUAUGAAAAAUUAUGAAAAUAUCAAAAAAGAAAAUAAAGAUAUUAUGUUAAAUAUGGAUAAACAAAAAACCAAUGAUCUUGAAAUGUUUAAUGAUAAAUUUGAAUUAAAUGAUGAGGAUAAAACAAUGGAUCCUAAAGAAUUUUAUAAUGACAAUCAAAUGAUUAAAGAUAUGUUAACCACAACUAUUAGUACAGUUUUGAAUGAACGAAAUAAAAAUCAAAUAAAACGAGUAGUAGAUGCAUUAGGUGUAUAUAUAUCCUUAAGUUUAUUGGAAAAAACUAUUUUGAUUCAGAAUUAUGGAGGUAUUGAUAUGGUUAACCAAAAAGGUAAAAGAAGUACGGGAGGUGUUUUCUUCUAUUUAAUAAAAUAUAUGUACAAAAAUGAUAUUAUAUCUAAAUUUAAAUAUGAUUACAUUAUCGAGGAAGAAAAGGAAAAAAAAAAAACAUACAGGAAAUUGAAAAAGAAAUUAUUACAAGAUGAAGAAAAUUUUAAAAUUAAUGAAACCUAUGUUACCAAGAAAAAUGAGGAAAAUGGGUGUAUAGAAGACAAACGUGUUGAUGAUGAUAAGGAAGUAAAAGGAAAUAAUGUUGGAACACAUACUACUUUAUUGAGAAAGGGAAAAAAAAAUUUUAAAUUUAUAGAUGAAACGAAAAAUAAGAACAAGUAUAGCAACAACAAUAAUAAUAAUGAAAAUAAAAAUAAUAAUAAUGAAAAUAAAAAAAAUAAUAAUGAAAAUAAAAAAAAUAAUAAUGAAAAUAAAAAAAAUAAUAAUGAAAAUAAAAAUAAUAAUAAUAAAAAUAAAAAAAAUAAUAAUAAAAAUAAUAAUAAUAAUAAUAAUAAUAAUAAUAAUAAUAAUAAUAAUAAUGAUAAUCCCCAGGUGCAUAAUAAAAAAAAUGAAAAAAAAUCAGGAUGCAAUAUCAAAACAAAAGAACAAAAUAAUAAUAAGAACAUUAAUAAUAUGAAAAAACAAAACUUGAAAAAUGAAAUUCGAAAUAAUUCUCAAAUGAUAAAAGAGGAUGAAAAAAAGAACUUAAUAAAAAAUGAUAACAAAGUAUUAAAUUAUGAUAAAAAUCUUUUACAAAACAAUAAUUGUAAUAUGAAUAUAAGAAAUUAUAAUAAUUCUUCUCAAAAUUAUAAUAAUGAAUAUUAUAAUGCCAGUAUGGCAAAUAAUAAUAAUUAUUAUUAUAAUAGUAACCAAUAUAAUGAACAUAAUUAUAACCACAACAACAAUUAUAAUGAUAAUAAUUUUAAUAACAAUAACUACAAUCUUAAUAAUUUUAAUAAUAAUUAUAAUGAAUUUAUAUCACAAAAUCCAAGAAAUGCACAUAUGUUUAAUGGCCAAAAUAAUUACAUUCCAAUUGAACAAUUAGCAGUAAAUAUACCAACGGAUGAUAAAAGUGUGAAAAAAAAAAAAAAAAAAAAAAAAAAUAAUAAAAAUAGUACCCAAGUCAUUAUAGAAAAUAAUAAAAAUAAUGAUACUACUUAUAUUUCCAAAGAUAAUGUUGAACCUUCAUUUGUAAAUAGAAUGCAAGAUUCUUAUGGAAACUUCCACAAUGUGCAUGAUAUAGCACAACAGAAGAAACAUUUUUAUCAAAUGAAUACUGCUCCUACAACUAAUAGUAAUAAUACUAAUAAUAAUAUAAAUGGACUUGAAAACUUUAAAUUAAAUAAUAACUAUAACAAAGAAAUGAUGAAUUAUCAGAAUAAUGUUAUGUCAUCUUAUUUAAAUAAUACAAGAAAUAAUGCAUAUGAUUAUAUGUUACGCUCAAAAAACAAUUUUCCGAAUUAUAUGAAUAAUCCAAAUAUGUUCAUGUUAAAUGAUUUAAAUAAAUAUUAUGGAAAUAAUAACCAAAAGUUCCCUUUAAAUAAUAUGGAAUAUAUGUAUUAUAACAAUUAUAGUAAAUUGUGA